ACGUACUUUCUUUUUUACUUAGGCACUGUGUCCAGCUACAACUACAAGCGGGCGCGAGUGGAGUUUCCCUUUACUUGGAACUCUGCGCACUGGACACAAUGGAAUGAAUUUUUGCACUAGCAUAUAUGCUCAAGGGACAGCUGUAAUGGAAAGUAUUGUGAGGGAUCUUUGCAAGUAACAACAAAAAAAACACCAACUCACUGAUUAUGUCUUCCGCGAGCCUGCAUGAAACGAAUACCAUCAACAUCAGCUGUAUAUUCUCGCGACCACACCGACCGGUGAUAAUUUCCCUCUCUGGAGCUGAUAAGAAACAAGCCGUGGGUCCUCCGUAGUUGGAACGAGCCCAGUACCGGCCGGGCUGUUUCAAUUCGUCCAAACGCCUCGUACCGAGCGGUUGUGCGGUUCCGUAGCUUCGUGGCUCCUUUAAGCCACCGAAACCGGGUGGCCAUAGUGAGCCGUGUGUGCAGUUUCUGGUUAGUGUUAAAUAUAAUAUCAACCAUCUGUCAGAAACGCCAGGAACAAAGUCGAAAGAUCACUGAGUCAAGGUGAUAUCAACCGAUUGACGCUUCAGGUGUGAUAAGUUUAGUAGCAACUGCAAUCUUGCUGCCGUAAAUCUUCACCAGUGUGUUUUGAUUAAUCACCGGUAAUGACAGGACCAUUUCUCUGAAACCCAGCAGAGCCAACAGCACGCUCGAAGAAAUCGAGAAGAAGCAAAAGUAAUCAAAGCGAACGUGAUUCACACAGAGAAUUAACGUGUGUUCAACUUCCGCCAGAAUGGAUCUUCUCGUUCGAACGACAUGGGUAUUUACAACGAAGCGAUUCAAGAAUUUGCUUCUCAUUCCCAGAAUGGGCUCAUUCACGUCCGCUCCCCAAAUCAAAAACGUGGACUAUCAGGAUGAUAAGCUGGAAAUUACCGAUGGUAUGUCCGUGCCGGAUCUCGUCGAAUACUGCCGGAUAGCACGUGGUGACGAUCGACCACCGCUGGUGAAGCGCAAAUUUCUCAAACCAACCGAUCACAUAAACCGCACCGAUCUGACGGACGGGUUCAAAAUGCUCCACCUAGAUUCUAUAUCCAAGACUUCUUUUCCGUUUUCAGCAUGCAGUGAACCAUCACUGAUCGCUUCACAGUUACGAAUAUUUCAAUGGAACAUGCUCUCACAAACGCUCGGUAUGCACAACGACGGAUUCGUCCGAUGUCCGCUGGAAGCACUGACGUGGGAUUGUCGACGAUAUCAGCUUAUUGAAGAAAUUGUACAAAACGAUCCCGACAUCAUCUGUCUGCAGGAGGUAGAUCACUUCAAAUUUCUGCAAAAGAUACUCAGCACACAAAACUAUGAAGGUGUGUUCUUCCCCAAACCUGACUCGCCCUGUCUGUACAUCAAUGGUAACAAUGGUCCGGACGGUUGUGCCGUGUUUUACAAGAAGGAUCGGCUCGAGAUGGUUAACCAUUUUACACGCGUGCUGGAGGUGUGGCGUGUUCAAAGCAAUCAGGUAGCGAUAGCGGCUGUUUUGCGGACACGUGAUACGCGCCAGGAGAUUUGUGUGACCACCACACAUCUGAAGGCAAGGAAAGGAGCACUGCUGUCGAAGCUGCGCAAUGAGCAGGGCAAGGAUCUGCUAUACUUUAUCGAUGGUGUUGCGGAAAAUCGACCAGUAAUAAUAUGCGGUGACUUUAAUGCGGAACCGAUCGAACCAAUCUAUAGCACGGUGCUGAACUAUAAACCGCUCGGAUUGGCUAGCGCGUAUUCGGAUCUGUUGGCUGAGGAAUCGCAGGACGAGAACAAUCAGAACGCACUGAACACGAAACCGGGCGAACGGUGUAGCCGCAGCAGUAUUGGAUCAGCGCACAGUAUCAACGACGAGUGUGGACUCUCCAAUGGGGUCAGGACGAAGGCGGAACAGUCGGCUGCAUACGAACCACCGUACACCACGUGGAAGAUUCGCGAAGAGGGAGAAGUCUGCCAUACGAUCGAUUAUGUGUUUUAUUCCAAGGAAAAGUUGACGGUAAAGAACUGUCUAAUGUUCCCUUCCGGCGAAGAAAUCGGCGUUGAUCGCACUCCUAGCUUCCAAUAUCCUUCCGAUCAUUUUUCGCUCGUAUGCGACAUCGAACUAAAGCCUGCAGCGGACACUAUAGCACCGGAGGAUUCCAACUCGAUACCGAAUCAUCAAUUGUAGUUCAAGUCGGAUAGGAUGGAU